AUGCCCUCGAAUCCGCCUCAAGCAUACGCCGCACCAGCUUCGACAUCUCAGCUCAGGCCACCCGCUCUCCCUCCGCCGUCUGGCUCGUCCCACUCACACGUCCCGGUUUCGCAACAACUUUUCAUUCAACCUAUGCCGCAACCUGGCUCCUCUGGUCCCAGCCACCAUGCCGACCGACGCGGAUCCCACUCCUCUCUCCAAAAUCCUCCCGUCAUACCCCAAGCGCCCGCCAGUCGUCCGCAACCGGAAGCACCCGUCACGAACGCCGCCCCCACCCAGCUGCCGACCCCUCCCACGACCGCGCACCCCUCGCGCCAGAAAGCGCCGGCCCCCACAACGAUCACAGACGCAGCGCACCACCAGGUGCACGCGUACUUGGACCCGAUGCACCUCGCGAUCUCGGAGGCGAUCGGCAAGGCGCACACGGGGCUCCGGAAGGAGCUCGAGCGGAUGCACCGCCUGCUCGUGCAACAGGAGAACGGGCAGCAGAGGCUCGCCGCGCAACUCGCACAGCAGGAGAACGGGCAGCGGACGCUCGCCGCGCAGCUCGCGCAGGCGGAGGCGGAGUGUGCGCGCCUCCGCGGCGAGCGCGACGCGGCGGUGCGGCACGGGAACGCGGUGCUGCAGGACAGUGCGAGCGCGCAGGAGGAGGCGCGCAGAGUGAACGAGAACAUGCCGAAGCUGUUCGUCGAGUACGUCGAGCUCAAGAGCGACCACAACGCCCUGGGAGAGGAGGUCGUGCGGCUACGCGCGGACAACGGGCAGCUGAGGGCGAGGUUAGCUGCCGCGGAGGCGCGCAUUGAUGCGUCUCAUCGGACGGUCCCCGGAAAGGAGAGGCAGGGGCAUAUGAAGGUCAAACUGGGUGAACCAGAGACAAACGUUGCGCCGUCUAUGGGAACAGAGGCCAUGCGACCACCCAUAUCUCCAACGGCGCUUGAUGCUCAGUUUGCAGUCGCCAUGGCUGAAGCGCACGAGCUGAAGAAGAGGCGGCGCACUAUCUCGUCGCAGGGGCGUCCUUCGUACGCCCCUCCGAGCCCCGAGUCACCAGGCGCGCGAAUAUUGAACGAGAAAGACGUCACCCCGCUCUCCCUGGACGACUCCUCAAUGGAGGUCCUUCCUUCCGCCACUGAAGUCCCGGCCGCCGAGAAGAAGCCCGAGGUUCUCUUGAUGUCAGAGAGUAUCCUCAGUUAUCUCCUGGCCGGUAUCAACGCUGCGCGUGGCGGCCAGUCCUCGGACUCCGCGUCUUCCCGGCCUGUGGCACAGCCAACCAGCGACCCGCCUCUGGAAGAGCUCGCCACUGCGAUGGACAUAGACGUCGGAUCCGACAAGAAGCGCACUCCAGAGCCGUACGCCCUCAAGGAAGAGGAGAGCCCUUGCAAGAAACGCAAGACUGAAGACGUACAGCUUCGGCCUACGACCCUCAGCCCUCUGCUCUUGGACACGCGAGGCCUUCGCUCGAGGGAAGCCACGGCCGAUCUACCUUCAGCGAGCGCGCCUACGAUCACCGACCUCAGCAUCCUUCACGAGUCACCGAAAGCGGCGCCUCUAUGCCUCGAGCCAAGCGAUGCACCACGAGACCCCUGUGCCGAGAAGGGGAAGGCGCGCGAAAUCCCUCCCAAAGCCUCUCCAGUCCCUCCGAGCGCCGUCGAAGCUUCUUCAAUGCUCGCGUCUAGGUCGCCCUCAAGCUCUCGUCGUACCCUCGACGAGAUCAGCCCUUCCGCUUUCGUCCCACCUUCCGCUGCCAUCCAUUCUCCCACUGCCGACCGCAGGCUCGCCGAGCUUCUGAACAACCCUUCGUCGGUCGCAGCCCUUUUGCACCGCCUGCCCCUCGCAAGUCUUUAA